AUGUUACCCUAAUAUUUAUUAUCCCCUAAAAUAAUAACAAUGCAAUUCUUUAAUGUCAUUGUUAUGUUCCCGCGAAGACCAGAAGCAAAAGGGACUUUUGUAAGCAAUAAACUGUGAGGCGUUCCCGCUCAAAAAAUAGAGUGUGAAAAUUAUGUAUUUGGGCUGCAUAGUUUAAUAGUUAUAUAAAAUGAAUUACUGGAAGCCAUUAGAUUAUAACAUUCAAACGAAUAUUACUGCGAAAGAUUGCUUGCUCACAUAUCGGUAAUGUCAAAUGUAAUGCAAAUUUUGGUUUUAUACACCUAAUUAAUUGCUUCUAAAAAUAAAUUCUGCAAGGUAGCUUUCAGACUUUAAACGAUAUAUUUAUCUAGAAAUUUUCUGGGUAUAAAAACAUGCAUGCCAAAAAUAGAUGAAAAUUUAUAUGUGGCUACAAAUUUGUUUCACUUCAAAUCACUAAUGAAAAAAACUUCUGAGAGUGUUUAGGUAUACAAAUUGUGAAGACGUCUAAUUUGUCUUUAAAAUACAUUUGAAGUAUAAAAAAUGUAAUGAGGAUAAGCUUUCAUAGGAACGAAUUCGUUGCUUUGAAUCGCCUAUAUGCCCUGUAAGUGGACAAGAAUUGUUUUCUAAUUCUUUUAAACAUUAUAAUUAGCGUAAAUAUGGGAUGCAAACCUUUGUGGAGAAGCACAUAAAAAGCGGAAAUACUUUACUCUGAAACCAAAGUGCAGUUACCGUGAUUUGAGUACUAUGCCGGCCAUUAGUAAGCAACAAAUUUGUGAAAUUAAGGUUUAACGCAGUGAAGAUGCUUAAAAGUCGAAGUUUACAUGAUCUUAGCAUUAAAGAAGAUGAUGGAAGCGGGGGAUAUUGUGAGAUGGACAAAAUCAAUGGUUCUUGCUUAAAAAAAUCUCAAACAUUUUGUGUAGUAGAGCGAAACCGUGGAUUUAAACCAAGCGACCGCCAUGAUCCGGCAAAGAAAAAAUUCCUGCUCGACCUAAGUAAACAAAUUUGGCAGAAGAGCAAGGUAUCACCCAGCCUCUCAGGGAAAAUUAAUUUAAGUAAAAUUUUUACACCGGCCGAAGACACUAAGGAAAUUUUCCCGAGGAACAAUGGAAAUCCUACCCAGCUCGAAGCAGAAAAUUACAAGAGGGAAACUAAAGAAAAUGAAGGCAUAUACCUUAGAAACACUAAACUACCUCUACGUCUACUAAUGAAUCCACGAGGUCGGAUGAGAGAUUUUAAUUCGUGUACAGUACAUGAGGCUUUUAACACUGACGCAGGUCUAUUGUCUCCUAAUAAUUGUGCAGAACUUCUCACCGCCCUACGAGGCUACAAAGAUAAAGGCGCGGAGCUUUUUGCUAAGCGUCGUAAAGUUGCUGAAAAAUGGGUAGUUGAUGAGACGAAUGUAGGCGCUCAAAGACCUUCCGAUCUUUUAGAUUACUACGAACAGCAACAGCAAUCCCAACAUGCAAGCUCACCUAACAUGUUGCCAGCGUACAAAGCUAAAGAUCGAAAGCAAUCAAAUGUACAGCAGAACCAGUUGUUGGAACAGAGCGGUUUGAAUGCUGCGGAAAAAUUGGAUGAAACUGCUUUAACGUCCGAUUCGAUUAUUUUGAAAAAACAAACUAAUAAAAUGGAAUUUUCGAAUUCAAGGUCCAUUUCGAAUUUGCCCCCUCCAAUUCAUCGAGAAUUCUGUCUAACAGAAAAAGAAGAUUUUAUAACACUGUCUAAAAUUUACCCACAGAUUUUACACGGGGUGACAUCCAAUUCAUCAACAAGUGACAUUCAAAGAGAUUUAGCUUACAAACCGUGCAUACCACAAGGUUGGAAAACGCCCAGCAUAAACUUGCCACAAAUAAGGUCUGAUCAGCGUUGCACAAAUAACCAUAAGUUGGCAGCAAAUGUAAUUCAAAUUUGUGACGAUUUAAAUAGCAUGGAUGAAAAGGAAAUAACCGAUUUAAUAAGUGGUGUGAAAAUGAAUACAAACGACAGGGGCAGCAGCAUCUGCAAUAUGAAUAAUUAUGAAAAUUUGCGUCGGCUCCAUCAUUCUCAUGAGUUUAAUAAAUCAGAAAUUCCAGGUACUCUGGUGUGCAAAAGAAGUCUCUUUAUAGGUGACACAAUUGAUAAGGAAAUGAAAGAUCAAAGUGAUUCAAAACCGAAACAAGCGGAAGAAACAACCGUUCAAAAGCAAUUGCAACUCGAAGGAAUUCAAACGCAAAUGGCUGAACCACAUUUACAUCAUAAAAAUUUUCGAAAAAAAUGUGAGCAAAAGGAUUUGUUAGAUCGAAUGCAAAAAGAAUUUAGUUUUUCGGAUAUUGCCAUGAGUGACAAUAGACGAGAUCAGGAGUCAAAACAAAUAGAAAGAACAUUCGAAGAAGCUGAAGAGCAAAUAAAUUAUGUGAAACUUCUGGUACGUGAUUUGAUUAGCAACUUCGAAAAAAACUGUUUAGCAGGAACUAAGCCAUUAAACAAGGACGAGCAAAGAUCUUCAAACCCAGCAAAUAGUCCUACAAACCAACCAGCAAAGAAUCCAAUUCCUAUUCAACAAUUUUCGCAAUCACAAAGAGAAAAUUAUCAAGAUUUGUACGUGCCAAAGAAGAUACCAUUACAAAGCUAUGCCGCGCCGCCCAGUUUUUCGUCUUGUACUAGUCGAGUUCAAAUGAUCUUUCCAAACAAAAAAUACCAAUCUUACGAUUUGGACAAUGGACGCCCAAAACAAAUUCAACGACAGACGUCAGCUAUAGUUUCCACUUCUACCUUAAAAAACUCACAACCCGAUCUCCUCGGGUCGAAAAAUUCUCGUCACAUUAGUUCCAUCAGAGUGAACGAGGUUAGCCAACUGUCGAACCGUUCUACGAUUCCAACGCAAGAAACUGGCCAAAAUACUACACAGGUCAAUUUUAAUCCAUCACAAUUACCUCAGGCUAAAUUAGCUAAAUUCGGACAUGCUUCAUCCGAACCUCGUGACGUGUAUUCUGACAAGCGCUUUUUGCAAAUAGAACCCAACAUAUCGAAAAUAUCACCUGCUAAUGCCAUCAAUUUGCCCAAACCUCUACUGGGUGCAUGUGACAUCCUACAUCAGCGCAAUUUUCGUUACCCAAAAUCAACUCUGGGACAACAUAACUUAACAAAUAGUCGUCGCAACGACAGCCAUAUAUUAUACGCACCUACUUACAACAAUUCAGCUUGCGGUUGGAGUAAAUAUAACGUUUCAAAAAGUGUCUUAACUAAUCAAUAUCGGACUUCCGUUGAGAGUGCUGAAGCACAACUUUCUUUACCCUGUAUGCCCUAUACUGAUUUUUAAAUAAUUUGUGGGUCAUCCACAGGAUAUGUAAUGACCAUCAAAAAUAGUUGACGUAUGCUUAUGUAAAUUCGUUUUCACUUCAGUUUAUAUGUUUGCUUAACCGAAGAAUUGCGAUGUUGCACUGAAAAAGAUUUCGAAGAAAGGACAUAUGUAUAUAUAUAUAUAUAUAUAUAUAUAUAUAUAUAUAAUGUACCGCUUAUUAAAAAAAAAAAAUACACACUCUAAAAAUACUUGCACUCAAUAUAAUAUCCUAAUCAAAGAGUGAGAUUUUUCAGUUUCCAUAUCUCGAUAUUAAAAUUCUCUUUGAAUAUUUUUGUAAAAUCUGUGUGAUUCUUCCCGCUGUUGGCAAUCUCUAAAAAUCAAUAAUACGAAUGAAAGUCAGAGGCAAAAGGGAAACGCAUUAAUUUAAAAAAAUUUGUUCUUUAUCCAGUUUUAUCAUUAUACAUAUAUCUAUCCUAGUUGUGUAUAUUAUUUGUAACAGAUACAGAGGGAUAGAAAGCGACAAAAAGAUAGAAAGAGGUAGAGUUUGUAAAUUAUCGUAAUGCAAUAACUCUUAACUGGUCUUAAAUGGAUACUCUCAGGAGUGAGAAAGAGAAAGAGGGAAUAUUGUUAAAAGCACUUAUCUUUGCACCUUGGCACGCGUCGUAAUUUAAAAGCAAAUUUAGGAAAAAGGUAACGGAUGAUUCAAAAAUGUAAUUUUCACUUGUAAGUGAAAUAUCUUAGAUAUCAAGUAAAUCCUUCCUUUGAGUUGAAAACUCCAUUCUACGUUAC